AUUUCACAUCUUCCCCUUUUUUAAAACAAGAGGGCGGGUACCUUGAACGAACGCUCACACACAGCGAAGGAAGAAAGAAACACGAAGAACAAUUCAGUUUUCUGAACGGUGAGAGGAAAUGGCAGAGAGUGAGGAUAUUCAGCCUCUUGUUUGCGACAAUGGUACCGGAAUGGUCAAGGCUGGGUUUGCUGGGGAUGAUGCACCAAGGGCUGUUUUUCCAAGCAUCGUGGGUCGCCCGCGCCACACUGGAGUGAUGGUUGGCAUGGGUCAAAAAGAUGCCUAUGUUGGCGAUGAGGCUCAAUCAAAGAGAGGUAUUUUGACUUUGAAAUACCCAAUUGAGCAUGGUAUCGUUAGCAACUGGGAUGAUAUGGAGAAGAUUUGGCAUCACACCUUCUACAAUGAGCUCCGUGUGGCUCCUGAAGAGCAUCCGGUUCUCCUUACAGAAGCUCCUCUUAAUCCCAAAGCCAAUCGUGAGAAAAUGACCCAGAUCAUGUUUGAGACCUUCAACACUCCUGCAAUGUAUGUUGCUAUCCAGGCUGUCCUUUCCCUCUAUGCCAGUGGUCGUACAACUGGUAUUGUUCUGGACUCUGGAGAUGGUGUGAGUCACACAGUUCCCAUCUAUGAAGGCUAUGCCCUCCCACAUGCCAUUCUGCGUCUUGACCUGGCAGGUCGUGAUCUCACUGAUGCCCUCAUGAAAAUCUUGACUGAGCGUGGCUACUCUUUCACAACCACAGCAGAGCGUGAAAUUGUAAGGGACAUGAAGGAAAAACUAGCUUACAUUGCUCUUGAUUAUGAACAAGAGCUAGAGACGGCAAAGACCAGCUCAUCUGUUGAGAAGAGCUAUGAGCUGCCAGAUGGGCAGGUUAUCACUAUUGGAGCUGAACGUUUCCGUUGUCCUGAAGUCCUCUUCCAACCAUCCAUGAUAGGAAUGGAAGCUGCUGGCAUACAUGAAACAACAUACAAUUCUAUCAUGAAGUGUGAUGUCGAUAUUAGGAAGGAUCUCUAUGGCAAUAUUGUCCUCAGUGGUGGUUCUACCAUGUUCCCAGGCAUUGCGGAUAGGAUGAGCAAGGAAAUUACAGCAUUAGCUCCCAGUAGCAUGAAGAUUAAGGUGGUUGCACCACCUGAAAGGAAGUACAGUGUCUGGAUAGGAGGUUCCAUUUUGGCAUCCCUCAGCACCUUCCAGCAGAUGUGGAUUGCAAAGGCUGAGUAUGAUGAGUCCGGGCCAUCAAUUGUCCACAGGAAGUGCUUUUAAUCAUGCAAAGCAAGAGGCUCUUGGACAAAUACAUACUAUAUACACUUUGUAUUACAGAAGGCUUCUAAUCAAGUGGUUGCAAAGUUAUCUUCUGCAUUUCGUCACCUCUUUCACUCUCUCUCUCUCUUUUUUUCUUUUUUGUGUUUUGCUCCGUCAAUGUCUGGACAACAAAAAUGAGGUUGAGUGGAUCAAAUUUAAGAUUCGAUUAUUUAAUUUGUUAUUGGAUUUGUAGAAGAGUUGUGUAAUGUAACUGAUUUGGUUUGGGUUAAUUUCAGAUUCAUUAUUUUAUUGUUUCUUUAAGAAAUUUUUAUUAAAUAAAACCAGUACUUGUAUUCAUAUU